GCACAGCUACAUACUCAAAAUACACAUCAUGGGCGCUGAUGCGACCUAAAUGGGAUAGCGGAUCGGUGUCCUCUGCGGAUGUAGUUCGUAAAAACUACUGCAUAGCAGGAGUGAACAUUGGCAUAUGGUUAGACCUUCAUCCGGAGGCAGUGCAGCGAUCUCUAAAGGAAAUAUUUAAGCUGUAUUCCAGUGCCAAAAUACAGCCCUGUGUUUACGCUGUUCUGCCCUUCGAAGAUGUGGCUGAAGGCAUAACGCAACUAUGCAGACGUGAGAACUUCGGAAAAGUGAUUCUGGAAGUCAAGCAGAAGGCAGCAGACGCACCAGCUGUGGAAGUUCAAACUGCGGUAGAGCCACAGCCAGCAGCAGUAGAGGAGGCAAAAGAAGCUGACCCAGAAGUGCAGAAGGAAGACUCCGCGUCUCCUGCGGAACCAACGGUGGUCGAACCCCCUCAUCUGGAACAAGCAGAAGAGACUGUCGCAGAGGAUACGACUGAUGUCAGCGCUCCUUGAUAUGGCGCUGCUGGGAAUUUCAGGCUAUAUGGUGCCGUCAGUACAAAUACUUCAGCUAAAAUUUUAUGGUUUUAAUGGCUCUCGGUGGUAAAACUUUUAACAGUAGCAAUUACAUAUUAUCCGGUGCUGUAAACUUACAAAGCCAAAUGGCAUUUUUAAUGAAGUUAAAUAAUAAACAAAA